CUUCCCUCUCUCUCCUCCUCUUCCUCCUCUUCCUCCUCUUCUACCACUUCUCCUACCAUACCUGACUAGUACUUAAUAUGUAGGCACUCCUAUCCUCUAGUACUAGUUUUGACAGAUGCAGUGGCAACUCCUUUAUAGUUACCAAAUUGAUAGCCAAGGAGCCAGAAGUGAACACACAUGGAUGGCUAUAAAAGCUGUGCUUUCAUUAUACAACUAAACACGACAAAAUACAUUUAUAACCCUUGAACCAGCUCCUUACUACUCAAUGGUAAUAUCUCAAUGGCGAUGCAGCGUUUGUUUGAACCUCCAACAGCAUGGCGUAUCUGGUUACCUCCCAAAAACGUCCACAAAUACCCUUAUGUUUCUGUGAAAGAAUGGUCUCCUCACUUUGGAUAAAAGUGUCUGCCAAGUGAAAAAUGUAAACAGUUAUUUGGUAUAGGGCAGGCUGUAUACAACAACAACUGAGCACUGCUUUUCUACAUCCCCAUUGGCUACGCUUGAGGUGUCCAUUUUAAAAGACAUGGACAUGUAUAUUUAAUACAUGAUAAAAAAUAAAAAAACAUUUUCUUUGAAAUGGAAUAAGCAGCUACAUUUAAAACCUUUGUUUACUGCAAAAGAAGUGUUUUGCAGUACUUGUGUGUUUGGUGUUUAAUAUACCAACAUAAGUUUAAUUUCACCCCUGGUUACACCCCAUGAAAUCGAAAAUGAACUACUUUUUUAUUUCCUUUCCAGCCAUCCGAAAGAAUACUUUGUCAGGGUUAAUCCAAAGCUGUAUUUAUUAGAAUUGACUUUUUGCAUGUUUACAGAUGAUGAAAAUGAAGUCUUAACAAAACCAGUUAUGAAAUGAAAGUUAAAGUUUGCUGUGACCGUCCCCAUGUUUGUCUGAGUCGUUGAUGCACAUACGGCCCAGUGGAGAUCAGAUGUUCUCAAGAACUAGGGCAUCUGCACCGAGACUUAAUUAGAACAAUGACAACAAUACUAAACGCAGCAGAAAAACACAGAGGCAUCACUAAUUGAACAGGCCGAGUGUCAAGGAUCAUGGACGAGGCUUUCAGCUGUGUGUAGCACCCCUCAGAUGGCUCUGUCUCAGGGUUAUGGGGGUUCAGAAAACAUCUAGUGCUAGUCUAGACCUGCAGCUUGGUGCAUUAUUUAGAAGGAUGAAGCACGGCUCUCUCAAGUCAAUCAGGGACCUUGAACACUAAAGUAAAUGACUUCAAUGCAAAAUGAAUGUUCUUGAUCAUUCCAAGAAAUUUCAGCCGUAAACAGCUUCCUCGAAAUAUCAUUCCAGAACAGUAUCUUCAUUCGGCGAAUGGGACGUUUUGUUAUUGUUAUUAUUAUUAUUAUGUUUUUUCCCUGAGACACGCUGCUGGAGUUCCUUAGUGUAAUACAUUUGCCCAGCCAAAAGUGAGAUGAGUUGAGAAAGAGAUAUGAAUAAACAAUAUUUUAAUGGAGGGGAUGAAAGCGUGAAAGGGAUCAAUAGGGGCGGCGAGGCUGUGAUCGCUGAGGCUGGCUUUGAAGUGGCGAUGCUCUGAGGGACAGGGAAUACAAUGCCCCCUUUCAGCUCGCCACUGAACGGCAGACGCUCUGUAUCACUCUCCCUCCCUCCCUCCCUCCCCCUCUCUCUCCCUCCCUCUCUCUCUCACUCUCACUUCAUGCAUUCUCUCUCACACACAUAAACAUACACACAGUUUUGCACUUUUUUUUCGUUUUGCACUUCUCAGCUCACUUUCUGCUUGUUUCUGACAAGCAAUGCCGUAACAGACUGCAUGUGUCAAUAUCUGUAAUUAGUAUAGUGUGGUUAGAAGUAUCUUCUCCACAACUUCUCUCUCCCACUCACUCUCUCUGCAACAUUAAUGAAUUCAAACAACCCACCCCUCCUCCGUUUACCUCCCAGCCCCCUCCUCUCUCUCUCUCACUCUCUCUCUCGCUCUCUCUGUCUCUCUGUUAUUCCCCUCCCUUCACAAAACCAAACCUCUUUUUCAUUUCCAGCCUUGGCAAGUGCCACUCCAUUUGCUCUCCCUGUCUUAAUGAAUUCAGCUGUUUGUGUAUUGGCCGCGGGAGCAUCCCUCCUCCUGAGACCUCCCACUGCCCCCACCCCUCUAGGCCUGGUCUCCCCUCCCUUGUUGGGACGCUCUCUAUAUAUACCCAAUGCCGCUCAACACACCUAUUGUUCCUCUAAGUAAACUUGUAGGCAGAUGCUCUGUUUCGUAGUGUGGCAGGCUAAGUUGAGGUAACUGAGGAAGUGGGAGAUAGAUAUUCACCCGGUCAGCCACACAUAACGACAGCCCCUUCCAGGCAGACGUCUAGGAGCCUUGUGGAGAAGCUACCCUGCCGUUGGCCUUUCUCUCUCUCCAUCUCUCUCUCUAGAGAUCUGGUCAGACACGUGGAGGCUGUACUCCUCUGUGUCUUGUCUGUGCUGUGUUUUCUGAGCCCCUCAGGCUUGUGUUUGCGCUGCGUUGCUGCGACUGCAUCCUUGUCCGUUUUCCGUGAGGUGGUCGUGGAUGCGGGAUGCUGCUGCUUCUGGGGCUGCUGCUGAUGCUGCUGGACCGCAGCUGUGCCGCGCCGGCUGCCAGAGAGGUCUACAGGAUGCCACAGAGUGCACUCAAAGCUCUGUCAGACCGCGGCACGGUGGUGCUGGAGGCAGCUCUGACGAGUGCUCUGUCUGCGCUGGAGAGGGCCAUGUCGGAGCGUAGUCGGGCUGAAGCUGGUUGCCGUGGCUGCGUACCCUGCCUCUUUCAGGACUGCGGACAGCGCUCAGGCCCUUGCUCUUCCUCCGAGUCGGAGACGGCGGCAGAGCCCAGCUGCGAGCUGGUGGCACGGGCACAGAAGCUGACCAGCGAGUCCGAGCGCAGCUGGGCACUGAGCCAGGCCUGCGGCUACUACCGGCGGCGGUGCCCGCCCUCCGAGCUGGGCAAGGAGAGCUGCGUGCGCAUCAUGGGCGAGAGCUGCAGUGCCCGUGUGCUCCAGUGCAGCCUGCUCAGCACCAUGCAGAACCUGGAGCCCGCCACCCAGACCAGGACCCAGGCGGUGUGUGGGCAGCGCGUUUCCGUUGUCCAGAACUUGACGCAGCCACGCUCCCGGAUCGUGGGGGGCUCCCCGGCCUCCCCUGGCAGCUGGCCCUGGUUGGUCAACCUGCAGCUGGAUGGAGCCCUCAUGUGUGGGGGGGUGCUGGUCGACAGCUCCUGGGUGGUGACCGCUGCCCACUGCUUUGCUGGGAGUCGCAGUGAGCGCUACUGGACGGCUGUGGUGGGCGAGUUUGACAUCACAAAGUCCGACCCGGAAGAACAAGUGAUGAAGGUCAAUCGCAUCAUCACUCACCCAAAGUUCAACCCAAAGACAUUUAAUAACGACAUUGCUCUGGUGGAGCUGAGCUCGCCGGUGCUGCUGUCUGAGAGGCUGACUCCCGUCUGCCUGCCCUCCGACAUGGAGCCGCCGGUGGGCACGCCCUGCCUGGUGGCCGGCUGGGGAUCCCUCUUCGAAGAUGGUCCCUCUGCUGAUAUAGUGAUGGAGGCGAAGGUGCCUCUGCUUCCCCAGAGCACCUGUAAGACGUCGCUGGGGAAGGAGCUGGUCACCAACACCAUGUUCUGUGCCGGCUACCUCUCUGGAGGCAUCGACUCUUGCCAGGGAGACUCUGGGGGUCCCCUGAUCUACCAGGACCGGAUGUCGGGGCGGUUCCAGCUCUAUGGGAUCACCUCGUGGGGGGAUGGCUGUGGGGAGAAGGGCAAGCCGGGGGUCUACACCCGAGUCACCGCCUUCUCUGACUGGAUCCUUGCUGAGAUACAGAAGUCGUUCGGUAGCAGGGAGCCCACGUGCCCCGAGCUGCUGAAGACGUCGGAAUUGGCGGAGGAGCAGCCGAGCCCAGAGCUGCCCUCGGUGUGCCGCUACUACGCCCUCUCCUGCCCGCCCGGCCUCAGCCCACACGCCUGCAGCCAGCUGGCGCACGACAAGUGCCUGAGCCGCUUCAAAAAGUGCCAGCUCAAGUCAUUCCUGCAGACGCUGCUGGACUUGUUGCAGCGGGCAGAGGACUACAUCCGGGAUAAGGUGGACCUGACCUUCUUCACCCAGACACUGCCUCAGCUGGUGGAGCACAUCUACAGCUCCACUCUCACCAUCCGCCACCGCCGCCAGGCCCCAGCAGAACAGAUAGUUGGCACGGUUUCCCCGGCUGACCCAGGACUUCAUGCCCCGCCACUCUUUGAGACAGUCGGCCCCCUAGUGGAGGACUGGGCUAACUACCUCAGUACCAUCGCUGAUGAUCUGGAGCCAAUGGCUGAGGCGCAUGCAACCAGGAGACUGCAGAGGGAGGAGGGUCUCUUCUCACAGACGGAAGAGCCUGCUCUCCACUCGCUGGACGGGGAGUACCGUGCCAUGAUCUCACUCCUGCGCUCCAAACUGGACUCCCGGGUCAUUCCCACCAUCCCCAAGCUGGACAGACGCUUCUUCGAGGACGACACCGGCAGACGCCCGCCGCUGACCUCUCAAGAAGAGACCUCCACCUCCUCCACACCUGCCGCUAAGCAGCCCCCUCCAACCCCACCCAUCACAGGGAUCAUGGAGCAGCUAGCAGGAGGCCUGCCAUCCUUUCCAACCCCAAGCUCUCCAAUGGUGGCCUCCUCCGUGCCCAGAGAGGCCGAGUCUGGCAGCCCAGAGCAGGAGCAUGUGGAGGCCCAGGAGAACAGUGGAGGCUCAGCACUGCCCUCUUCUGGCCUGAUGCCAUCACAGCCCAGAGCAGGACAGGAAGGAUUGAGUUUGGACUUGACGCGAAGUGCCUUCACCCAGCCCCCUGCCUCUCCAACAACAGAGAGAAACCACAGAAGAAGAAGAGGUCUACACAAGAGACAAACACCAGGGACAAAUGAUAAAGCGUGCCCUGGGGUAGCUGAAACAGUCCAGCACGUCACGGUCACCAAGGAGACGUAUGGCUGGGUGCUGAGCAUCCCUUCCAAGAAUCUCAACAUGAAUUUCCAGGAGGUGCUGGUUGACCUCACCUCCAAGAAUGAGAGGGGACUGUACGAGGCUCGGGUCAGAGCCACAGUGGGUGGACGACCUUUGACCUUUUACAGUCUGGUGGGGCUAGAGAACGAGUCAUUCUACCGCAGCAUGCCACGGAUCAUCGCACUGGCCCUCGACGCUCUCAAAACGUAGAGACACAAGAGAUUACCUCGAGAGUUGAAAUGCAUUCUGUGCUUUUGGGUCUGUGUGUGUGUUUGGGGUGCAUGAGAACUUGCUGAUUCAGCACAUGGUGAGAUAUGAAAUAUCUUGAUUUGACACACACACACACACAAACAAACAAACAAACACACAAACACACACACACACACACACACACACACACACACACACACACACAUAAACACACACACACACACACACUAAUUUAAAGAACCAGCUUCCUCUGUGGGGAAGCUGUUUUCAACUAGCCUUCCACAGUGAGACGACAGUCUUGGACACUCUUUGCAGCAUUGCACAGACUUGCGUUGCACUGCUUGUUCUGACGGAUGAAUGGGCUAUUUAAUGGUUUGAGAGUGUACAUUUCUUCAUUCCCUGGUUCUGACGGAUGAAUGGGCUAUUUAAUGGUUUGAGAGUGUACAUUUCUUCAUUCCCUGGUUGACGGGUAAAGCUCGGCUUGGCUUUCCAGUGCCUUUCCCGUGACCAUGUGUGCCUGAUGACCCGCGCUUCAAUGGGAAGCUGGGGAGAGACUGCGCCAGGGGUGCAUUGGACUCAGAAUCAGCGGCUCUCAUGGACACAUCCUGGUUAUUUCUGGCACGUCGGUCACUGCAGAGGCCAGUUGGUGGUGCCGGGCCGAGGGAGGCUCCGCUGCCCUGUUCACCCGCACAGCAUCUGGCCCUUGUGUCCAAAACGGAUCGAGAUCACAGCCAGGUCAGGGUCAUUCUACAGAGCUGUUCAGGAGCUCUCCGGUCUUCUUCUGCACUCAUGGACUGUCAUGAAGUGUGAUUGUCGGGGCAGAUGUGCUGAAUGUAUGGGGACGCUGUGUCAGACUUGCUGAGUGUGUGAGGUGUGGGUCACUAGGCUGUGGCCCAGUGACAUCAUACCUUUCUUGGCUUGAUUAAAUUAUUCAGAAUGCCUGUUUUUGCAAAGGUUGAACCUCUGUGAACCAUGUGCAUUAUCCAUUUGUUGUGAAGUUUCAAAUAUAUUUAUUUGUAUAGAGAUAAAUUCUUUGUAUUUUUGUAAAAAAAAAAAAAAAA